UGAGUAUUGUAUAAAACACUAAAGUGAAGAAAUCUAUAUAUCCUGUAUCCACCAUGCUCUUACCUGAAGAUGAUGACAGCUUGCACCUACAUUGUGAAGAUACAAAAAUAUUUACACAGCAGCUGAAAGCAAAUGGCACUGAAUUGUUUUUUCCAAUGGACAUUGUUUCAAAUGAAAACUUCCAAGCUUCUGUAUUAACACAGGUUUGUCGCAUUUGUCUAGCAGUUGAUGUCAAAGUAUACCACAUUGGAGACUACAAACUUAAUCAGUAUUAUCAAAAUGUAACUGGGAUUGUGUCAAGUCUAGAAGACAACUUACCAAAAGUGCUGUGUUGGGAAUGCGUCGCGAGAUUAAAAACUGCUAAUAGUUUCCGGGAGAAAGCACUAAGAUCAUAUAAUCUGUUGUUGAGCAGUGUCAAAGACAAUUCCAUAUUGCUGAGAAAUGUGAAAUCAAUAGACAGAGUUGCUAACAAACUACGUUCGCCGCUAGUGUUGCAACAUUUCGACGGCGAUGGAAGUCUCCAGUCAACUAAAUGUAGUGAUCCUGUCAAUGUCGACACUCUUGACGACGAUGAAGUUAUUGUACCAGAAGAAGUGGUCGAAAUUGAACAUGCUGACUUUAAUCAAGAUGAGAGUGAUGAUAACAGCAAAGAUGCAUUAGAAGAACAAUGUGAUGAUCCAACUAUCACUACAAAAAGGAGUAAAAGAAGCAGCAAGCCUAUGAAGUGGGGUUCUCUGGACGAGUCCAAGUUCACGAUCCGGCGGCUGAGCGCGGCGGAGCAGUUGGAGGAGCUGGCGCGGCGGCAGGAGUCGGCCGCGUACCGCGCUGCGCGAUACCGCUGCAACAUCUGCUACCGCGUGUUCGUGUCGCAGGCCCAGCAGGACAAACACAGCAUUAAGCACAGCGACAGCCGGGGGAAGCUGGAGUGCGAUAUCUGCAAGAGCCGGUUGCGGUCGUCGAGGAUGCUCCGCCACCACAUAGCCAGCUGUCACACCACCAGCUUCGCCUGCAAAGCCUGCCCCUUCUGGACCAAGAAUAGUUCUGUUGCAAAGAAGCACCAACUGUUCCAUGCUGGAAUGACAUUCAAGUGUCCACAUUGUCCUUUAGAGUUUGAGAGACAGACGAAGUAUUUCAAUCACAUCCGGCGGCAGCACGUGUCGAAGUUCGUGUGCGAGUACUGCGGACAGACCUUCAUCAGUCAGAAAGGCGCCGACGCACAUAAAACUAAAUCGCACAAACCGGCUGACUUUGAGGCGGAGCUGACGGGCCCGUACUGCGCGGAGUGCGACGUGCGGUUCGCCACCGACGACGCGCACGACCGUCACCUGCAGCAGUCGGCGGCGCACUGCAGAGAUGAUACUGUACUGGCGGAAAGACGACUGCGGCUGCUGCUGCGGGGCCGCGGCCGCGUCAACCGUCAGCCAGCCACCUCCGACACGGUGCGGUGCGAGCAAUGCGGCAUAGAGUGCGACAAUUUUCGAGCGUACGCGCAGCACUUCAGGUUCCAGCACCCCGGCUGCAACCGCACGCUGUACAGCGGCACCGACCCCGCCAUGUGCGAGCACUGCGGCAAGAUCUUCCAGAACAAGGGCCAGUUGCGGAGCCACAUGGCGCUGCACACGGGCGGCAAGUUCGAGUGCGCGGAGUGUGGCAAGAGCUUCGCGCACUACACAACGCUGUGCUACCACCGCCGCAAGCACGAGCCCGACGGCGGCUUCGACUGCCCCGUCUGCGGGAAGCGGUUCACGUGCUACAGCAACCGACACCGACACAUCAAACACGCGCACGGCGGCGAGGAGAAGCGAUUCAAGUGCGAUACUUGUGAUAAGCGGUUCGGGCAACGGAGUACGCUGCAGUCGCACGUCGAUCACGUGCACCUCAACGUCCCGUGGCCGAAACGCGUACGCGCGCCCCGGCCCCGCCCAACUCUCGCGGGCGCGAACGCCGCCCACCCGUCGAACAGCAUUGUAGCUAAUGAAGGCUGAUAUAAAGACAACAACUCAUAAAUAAAUUAUUUGCGACUAU